AUGCCUCCGAUAGUCAUCGAUGGGAAAACGGCAGACUACAAAGAGCUCAUCCACGAUUUAAAAGAGCUUGUCAAAGGUGAUUUCAGUAUUAAGAACACAAAUUAUACAACUAUCAUAUUUAUUGACAACAAGGAAGACCACGAGAGAGUAUUAGCGAAUAUAAAACUUGAAAAAAUGCCUCAUCAUACAUACACCUCAAGAGAUGAUAAAUCACAUGCUUUUGUCCUAAGAGGCCUUGCCAAUGGAACAAAAAUACAGGACAUAGAAGAGGAACUAGAGGAACAACACGAAAUUAAAGCCAGAGCAGUCUAUCAAAUGAAGACGAAAGAGCAAGGCAAGGAGGAUUAUGAGAAGGUACUCAAUAACGUUAAAAGCGAGAAAAUGGCCUACCACACAUAUACCCCCAGUAGCGACAAGUCACAUGCAUUUGUACUUAGAGGCUUGGCCGAAAACACCAAAAUGGAAGAUAUAAAGGAAGAUCUAGAAGAAGAACAAGAAAUAACUGUACGAGAAAUUUUCGUAAUGAAAACCAAAGAACGUCCCCUCUUCCUGGUGGUCACAGACCCAGUCAUCACUCUGGAAUACUUGAACAAGAACGUCAGAAGAAUCUUACACACCAGAGUGACCUGGGAGAUCAGAAAAUCGGUCAAACAGAUCAUACAAUGUCACACAUGCCAGGAGUGGGGACAUGCGACAGCAAACUUACUGAGUAUUACUUUAAUAUAUUUUACGUUCUUGUAUAAAAUGGAAAUUCCAGAAUGUAUUCGAGCCAAAAAAAGAAAGAGACCUGGAAACGUUAGAGAAGAAACGAGCAGAAAUAAAAAUAGUGGAGGUCCCUAUAAAACCAUAAAGAAAAAUAUUCCAAAACCUGGAAAGUUUUUUACCGAAGAGGUAAAUUGCAAAUGCCAGUAUGCUUGUAAAGUAUUAACUGUCGCCUCCAGAAAAAAUAUGUUUCAACAAUUUUAUAAGUUGCAAGGCUAUAACGAACAACAAAAUUUUUUGCGUUCUCUUAUUCGUCCAAGCCUAAUAAAACGUAGACGGCAUGAAAAUCCCGCUCGGAGCAGGCGACAGCAUUCUUUUAAAUAUUAUUUACCACUGCCAGGGGAUUCUGAGGUACAGGUUUGUAAACAAACACUAUGUUCAACUUUCGGUGUUACACAACGAAGAGUGGAAUUGCUCAGCAAGAAAAUUUUAUCUGGUGGUAUUUCGGUCCACGACCAACGAGGUGGUAAACGUCCUGCAAGAAAUCCAGUGUGGAAACAAAAAAUUAUGGACUUUAUUCAAUCGAUACCUUGCAGAGAAAGUCAUUAUGGCCGAGGACAAAAUUUGAACCGCAGGUAUCUAGCAGAGGAUUUAAAUAUACGUAAAUUACAUACUGCUUUUCUUGUAAAAUACCAGCUUGAUGCAAGAAAUCCUCCAGUUUCUCGUCAAUGGUUUAACCAAAUUUUCAAAAAAGAAUUUAACUUAGCAUUUGGAGAACCAAGAGUAGACACUUGCCCUACUUGUGACGAGUAUAAAAUUUCUAUACUUGCUGCAAAAAGUCCUGACGAAAAGAGAGAACGACAACUAAAGCGUGACGUACAUCAACGUAAAGCUGAAGCUGCUCAAAAACUUCUAGCGGGAGAUGUAGCGGAUUGCAAGAAGCAAGAUUCUGAUACAUGCGUACUUUCUUAUGACUUACAGAAGCAGAUGUAUCUUCCUGCACUGACUCAUACUCAAAUGUAUUAUAGUAGGCAGUUUACUUGUAUUAAUCUGGGCAUACAUUUCGAAGAUGAAGCGAAGGGGUUUAUGUAUAUGUGGGACGAAAGGUCUGGCAAGCCAGGUUGUAAUGAAAUUGGAUGGCUUGCACCUGAUGUUACCAGUGACACAUUAGCGACUUGUACAUAUUGCCGUGUAGUGCUGAAAGCCCACAAAAAGGAUUUGCUUAGUCACGCUAAAACUGAAAAACAUAAAAAAACCACAGCCCGGGAAAAAUCAGCAAAGGCAUGUAAACCUAUAUCUAAAAUAUAUAAACCAGUUUUAUUGGAAAGUACAAAAAUCACCGAGUUGAGAAUCGCUGCCUUCAUCGCCGAGCACUGUUCCAUGUUAACAGUUAAUCAUUUGAUUAGUAUACUUCCUCAGUUGGAUCCCUCAUCAGAUGCUCUAAAAAACCUAAAACUUCAUCGCACUAAGUGUUCAAUGUUAAUAAAAAAUGUGCUUGGUCCAUCAAUGCUUGGAGCUUUAAUUGAAGAGAUAGGAGAUUUUCCGUAUUCGAUUAUUAUCGAUGAGAGCACUGAUCUCUCAACACAAAAAGUCCUGUGCAUUAUGGCAGCUGAUUUAUUACCACGCCAACUAGAAUUUCUUGUAAGAGAAACCCAUAACUGGUUUUCAUACAGCCCUAAACGUUUGGACUACUACAAAACAUUAUUCGAAACCAUGAAUGAUAGCAAGGAUCCAAAAAAAAUUCAAGGACUUAGCGGAACCCGGUGGCUCGCUCGCUAUCAAGCUAUUAAUACAAUCUUGGAGCAAUGGGAAGAAUUGAAGCUGCUCUUUUCGAUUGCUAAAUCUGAAAACAAAUGUUACAUGGCAGAACAGCUUUAUGAUAUCAUGCGAAGGCUUCCUUUCAAAGCUUUUUUGAUUUUUCUCAGAAAUGAAUUAAAAAAUGUUACUCAAUUAAAUUUACUUUUCCAAAGUGAUAAUGUUGAGCCUACAAAAUUAUUUGAAGAUUUGUUUUUAUUAUACAAAAACUUGUUAAGACGACUUGUUGUACCUUCUAAAUUGGAAAAAUUGGUGGACUCCGAACUGCUAGAAUUUAAUUUCCGCGAACAUUUGAUGUAUACAGCUUCAAUAUAUUUUGAUUUUGAUUUUCAAAAUAUAUCUCAAGAACUUGAAGAAAAGGAUUUGUUGGAUGUCAGGGAACGAUGCAAGAACUUUUUAUGUUGUCUGGCCCAGGAAAUUCAGAAAAGGCUUCCGGAUAAUUUAUCAAUGUUAAAAGUAGUUGCUGAUUUGCACCCGAAGGUUGCUACGUCUCAAGUCAAACCUGAUAUUAAACCAAUAUUGAAUCAUAUUCAUCGAAAUCACCUUUACGGCAAUAAAAAUGACAUCGAGUCUGAGUGGCACCAAUUGAGCAACAAAACAUGGACGAAUAUUUCUACUUCAGCUGAUUUUUAUUAUGAAGUUUAUAAUGAUUGUGACGCAGCUGGCUGUAAACGCUUUGAAAAUGUUUCAAAAUUUGGAUUAGCAUUUGUCACAGUUCCAAUUUCAAACGCAAGUGUCGAACGUGCAUUCUCCAUCUAUAAUAUAGUUAAAAAUAAGCUGCGGAAUAGAUUAUCUAUUGAAAUGUUACAAAGCUUGAUGAUGGUUCGAUUCACACUAAAUCGAAAUGGUGGAUCUUGCACAACAUUCAUUCCGUCCCCUGAAAUGUUAAUGUGCAAUAAUCCCGAUGAAAAUCAAAAAAUUGACGAAAUCAUUGACGAGAUCCUACAAGAAGAACUGGAUACUCACUUAGAAAAGGAAGAACAAAACGCAGAUCCCGAAGAAGACGAUGAUAACACGAGACAUAUUGCAAUAGAAAAUCCAGAAUUAGGGAUCCCAAUUUCAGAAAAACCCUUAAACUACUACAAUCAGCAAAUUAUCUUCAAAACAGUGAAUUAUUUAGGCAAAAUCUCCAGCAAUAUUACACAAUUUUCCAAAUAA